GCCCCAGAACUACAUCUCCCAGAAGCGCCGGAACUACGUCCCCCAAAAGCGCCGGAACUGCGUCCCCCAAAAGCGCCGGAGCUGCGUCCCCCAAAAGCCCCGGAACUACGUCUCCCAAAAGCCCCGGAGCUGCGUCUCCCAAAAGCCCCGGAGCUGCGUCUCCCAAAAGCCCCGGAGCUGCGUCUCCCAAAAGCCCCGGAGCUGCGUCUCCCAAAAGCGCCGGAGCUGCGUCCCCCAAAAGCGCCGGAGCUGCGUCCCCCAAAAGCGCCGGAGCUGCGUCCCCCAAAAGCGCCGGAGCUGCGUCCCCCAAAAGCCCUGGAGCUGCGUCCCCCAAAAGCCCUGGAGCUGCGUCCCCCAAAAGCCCUGGAGCUGCGUCUCCCAAAAGCUUUUUCCCUACAGUCUGUGGAUGGGCUCUUUGGGGGUCAUGGCAGCAAUAUUGUCCUCCUUGGAGAGAAGUCAGUGUAUGCAUGUGGCAGGGGGUGGGUGCAGUUCUGUAGUCUACGGGGUGGGCAGGACUGA